GCGCCUCGCGUCACCCAUCGCGCGCACGGCUCUCUAGGAGCGCACGCGCGCAACUUCCCGCCACCGCCGCCGCUGCAACCGCAACCGCCGCCAUGCAGAGCGAUCUCUUGUUGUGCGUAACCGCCGGGGACGAGAGCGACAGUAGCCAGGACGAAUGGGACCUCGGGGGCCUCAGGAGGGGCCCACAGAGCGCAGCCCUUGCCGCUGCUGUGGCACCAGAGCAGGAGCAGGUGUGGAAGCUGAAGAAAGCCAUCAGCGGGGGGGACGCUGGGCUCCUCGGACAGCUGCUGGACACCGGUGUGGACGUGGACUACCGCCUGAGCUUUGGUUGGACCCUGCUGAUGUGUGCUGUCCACAAUGCCCACUAUGAGGUGGCCAAGUUGCUGCUGGACAGGGGAGCAAGCGCAAACUUCAGCAAGGACCAGUAUACCGUGCUCAUGAUCGCCUGUAUGGCUUCUGCAUCCGAAGCCAGGAUUGCCAAGUGUGUGGAGCUGCUCCUGUCCUGGAAAGCAGACCCCAACAUACACAACCGCUCCCGAAUGACUCCUCUGAUGGUGGCUGCUAGAGAAGGUUACUGCCAGGUGAUAAACCUGCUGGUCUCCUGUGGAGCAGAGCUCAAUGCUCAGGACUCCAGUGGGUACACGGCCCUUGCGAUAGCGGUUCAGUGCGGACAGACUGAAGCCGUUCUGAAGCUGCUGCAGCUUGGAGCUCACAAGAACAUCAGGACCAAAGCGGGGCAGAGCCUACUGGACCUGGCCAAAGUGUACCAGCAGGCUGAGAUCGGUCAGAUUCUGGUGUCUCACAGAGAUGUCGCUGGAAAUGGAGACGAGAUCCCCGGGGAGGAAAGUCCGCUGUUUUUGAAAGGAAAUUCUGAGCCGCUCACUGUCAUUAAGGAGAGUUCUGUGAAGCUCGGCGAUAUCGAUGUGUUUCUGUGUGGACUCAACUUGGAGCACCUGUCAGAAACCAUGCUAGAGAAUGACAUCACUUGGGGUGAUCUGUCCGCAAUGGAGCGAGAAGACCUGGAACAGAUUGGCAUCAUGGACCCAGAUGAUCAGAGGAAGAUUCUGAGUUCAUUCAAGGAGGUGCAUGUGGACCAGAUGGAGGUGGACAUGUUCAUGAAGCUGGAAAAUAUUGAUAGCUGUGAGGAGCUGCACAGCUUCCUGGUGAGUCUUCGUCAGCACUGCUGCUACCUCACAGACAUGGUGCAGGAUGUCAUGAGGAAGUUCCCCAAACAGCGAUCGGAGAUUGUCCUCUCACUGGACCCUAGAAAGGAGUGCCAGGCAGUUUGCAGCGACCUUGUGAUCCUCACUGGAGAUCUACACAAAGAGGUGGUCUGUCUCAGGAGCCUGUUUGACCAGCUGGAGCCUGGAGAGGAGCCCCUCUGGCUGCCCACACCUGCACCUCCAAGCAUCUGGAGGAGACUGGCUCUGCGGGGGGGUGUAGGGUUAGCGAUCGGCAUGGGCCUCAUGCUUCUACUCUCACACGCUGGAACGCGCAAGAUUUUUGUCUAGAGCCUCCUGCUUCCACUCCACUGCCCUUUAUCUCUUUCUCCGUGUGCACUGCGAUGAGGGAGAAUAGCCAUAGCUGUUCAGGGAAACAGACUGUGCAAUGGUGGCUUUUUUCUAAAUUUUUUACAACAGUUUCACUUUGAGAGUAUCGCUGUUCAAUAGAAGGAUGUCAGGGACCAGGUUAUGUUAAUUUUUCAAUCUUUAAGAAUAUAAGAAUAAAGUGUUUUGUUAUGGUUUCUAAGUCACAGUUCAAAAUGAUUACAGCUGAUGGCAGUAGUUAAAUGUAAGUUGUUACCCAAAAAAAGUUUGUGUUAUGUUGAGCUCCGGCCCACAGAAGCAGUUCCCAGACUGGGAUCACAAGGGGGCAUGUAGACAUUUUUUGUUGUAACUUGCAGUAGCAGUGACACCGGGUCACAGUAGUGUAGAAGGGAAAGUCAGAUACAUGUUACCACUUAAACUGUGGGUAGUGUUCCUGUUGCCACUGACCUCACUGUCCCACCAAAAAUGGCCUAUACAGGAUCAAUAAAGGAGGUAAAAGUACUGUAAUUUACAUUACCAAGACCAGACACAACUCAAAUGUUUUUCAACCUGGUAAAGUACCAAUAAGGAAGAGCAAAGCAGAAUCCAAC